GCUGGACGGCCCACGCCAUCUCGAAUGCAGCAACGACGUAGAUAUUUGGAAAAAAUCCGAGCACAGCUACCGCCCUAUAUACGUACAGAAGCGAAAGGCAAAGAAGAAAAAGUGGAAUUUAUAUCUGACAGUCAUGUGGAUUCGGUACAAACACAGGACCACAAGCAACAAUAACCUCACACGCAAUGUGCUGAUAUAA